UUUCAUUUGCUGAAGCUCUUCAAAGUGCAAACUUGCGACCGUCGUUCAGCCUCAGUUGCCGACUCCCCAUCUUCUGCUUUAUCCUCGUUCACGUUCAGCUUCAGUCCCCAUCUUUAGUUCCCGACUCCCCAGCUUCAGUCCUUGACCCGUUCGACGUUUAACUUCAGCCCCCGUUCGACGUUCAAACUUCAACCCAAUUUGAAUCACUAAUUGCUUCCUUCGUCUCACACUUCAGUCCGACUCCUCUACUUCAGUCCCCGUUCGGUGUUUAGCUUCAGUCCCCAUUCGGCGUUCAAACUUCAACCCAAUCUGAAUCGUUAAUUGUCUUCCUUCAGUCCCCAUCUUUAGUUUCCAACUUCCCAGCUUCAAUCCUCGUUCGACGUUUAGCUUCAGUCCCCGUUCGACUUUCAAACUUUAAACCAAUCGACUUCUAUUGUAACAGGUGAGUUACUAUGGCUAUGGCAGAGGAGGAUCCUAAGCCACUUGCAUAUAUACCGGAGAUUAUACUGAAGAAAAGAAAGGUAAAUGAAGCAGCGGCAUUGAGAAGAAAGGAACAGUUGGAGUUAAGGAAGCUUAGUUCGAAGAAAAACAAAGAUGGUUUUAUUAAACUACCUGAGGAAUUUGUCAGAGAAUAUCGUGCUAAGGAACUGGACCUUGUCAAAAUGAAGCACAGGACAAAGAGAAAAAGAUCUGCUAUUGUGCCCUCAAAAUCACAAUUGAUUUUUAUAAUCCGGAUACAGUGCAAGAACGACAUGCAUCCAAAGACAAGGAAGAUCUUAUAUAAUCUUGGAUUAAGUAGAAUUUUCAGCGCAGUUUUUGCCAAGGCUAAUGAGAGUGUUCUAGGGAAGCUACAGAGGGUGGAGCCAUAUGUGACAUAUGGAUACCCUAAUCUUAAAAAUGUGAGGGAGCUCGUAUAUAAGAAGGGAUUCGCAAAGAUAGACAAACAAAGAGUUCCUCUGACUGAUAACAACAUUAUCGAACAGGCAUUGGGCAAGCAUGGCAUCGUGUGCGUGGAGGAUAUGGUGUAUGAAAUCGCUAAUGUUGGCCCUCAUUUUAAGGAGGUAAUUUCCUUUUUAUGGCCCUUUGAACUUGAAAAGCCAGGAGGAGGGGGCUGCCUUCAAGGGAAAAAGUCAUCGUACAAGGAUGGUGGAGAUGCUGGGAAUAGAGAAGAUGACAUCAACGAUCUGAUUAAUGAGAUGAAUUAGGCUGGAAAAAUUUGCUUUGAAAAGCCUGAAGGGGGGAGAUCCAGUAGUUUCUGUAAUGCAAUUUUGUAGGUUAUAAUGAGUUUGUAUCUUGUUCAACUCAUUUGCUUCAUAUGUUUUGGGUUUUUUACGUUAUUUCUUAUGUCCUAGAGAAAAAAGAACAACUUGGAUUUGUUAUAUAUUUAACAACAUAAUAUUAUCCACAUUAUGAGAGACAAAGCCUUCCUCUUGUCGA